GUGUUGAUUGUGCUCCACACGCCGAACAGAUAGUGCACCGUUCAUCUGCGACACACAGAGAAUCAUGUACCUGCGACAAGCAAGCGCGCUGGCUGCUCGCCGCGCGACCGCGGGCUCAGUCCGUAGGCUCGCAACGGGCAAGGAUGUCAAGUUUGGGGUGGAGGGGAGGGCGCUUAUGCUGCAGGGCGUGGACAUGCUCGCUGACGCUGUGCAGGUGACCAUGGGCCCGAAGGGACGGAGCGCUAUCCUGGAGCAGACUUACGGCGUGCCGCGCAUCACCAAGGACGGUGUGACAGUGGCCAAGAGCAUCGAGUUCAAGGACAAGUUCCACAACAUGGGAGCGCAGCUCGUGCGACAGGUGGCCUCGAAGACCAACGACGCAGCGGGAGAUGGGACGACUAGCGCUACCGUGCUGACUCGGGCAAUUUUCCGGGAAGGAUGCAAGGCGGUAGCGGCGGGGAUGAACCCGAUGGACCUUCGUAAGGGGAUCAAGCUGGCCACGGACCAUGUGGUGAACGUGCUCUCGGACAUCAGCAAGCCCAUCUCCACAAAGGAGGAGGUGGCGCAGGUCGGGACCAUCUCUGCCAACAGCGAAACCGAGAUCGGCGACCUGAUCGCUUCCGCCAUGGAGCGCGUGGGCAACGAGGGAGUGAUCACGGUGCAGGACGGCAAGACCUUGGACAACGAGAUCGAGGUGGUGGAGGGGAUGAAGUUCGACCGCGGGUACAUCUCGCCGUACUUUGUAACCGACAACAAGACCCAGAUGUGCGAGAUGGAGAACCCCCUGAUCCUCAUCGUGGAGCGGAAGGUGUCGACGAUCAGCUCGAUCAUCCCUCUACUCGAGGCUACGGUGAAGUCCCAGAGGCCGCUGCUAAUCGUGGCGGAGGACGUGGAUUCGGAGGCACUGGCUACGCUCGUGGUCAACAAGCUCCGCGCCGGCAUCAAGGUGUGCGCUGUGAAGGCCCCCGGAUUCGGGGACAACCGCAAGGCCACCUUGCAGGACCUCGCCGUGCUCACCGGCGGGCAGGUCAUCAGCGAGGAGGUCGGCUUGAAGCUCGAGGACGCCACUCCGGACCACUGCGGGACCUGCAAGCUCGUGAAGGUGUCGAAGGACGACAGUAUCAUUCUCGACGGAGCAGGUGCUCGGGACGGCAUCGAGGAGCGGUGCAGCCUCUUGCGGGAGAGCAUCGCCCGCGUCAAGUCCGACUACGAAAAGGAAAAGCUGGAGGAGCGCCUGGCCAAGCUGCACAGCGGCGUAGCCGUCAUCAAGGUCGGAGGCAGCUCGGAGGUGGAGGUCGGCGAGAAGAAGGACCGUUUCGUGGACGCCCUUAACGCCACCCGAGCAGCUGUGUCGGAGGGAAUUGUGCCAGGCGGGGGCAGCGCACUUCUGUGGGCGUCUCGACAACUUGAGGCAACUAAGGCUUCCUGCGCCAACAUGGACCAAAAGAUCGGGGUAGAAAUCAUCGAGAAGGCGCUCAGGAUGCCCGUUCACACGAUCGCGAUGAACGCCGGCGUGGAGGGAGCCGUGGUGGUCGGGGAGUUGCUGAAGACCGAGGACCCGCAGUGGGGUCACAACGCGGCGACUGGCGAGUACUGCGACAUGAUCCAAGCAGGAAUCAUCGACCCUACCAAGGUUGUGCGCACGGCAUUGGUAGACGCCCAGAGCGUUGCAGCUCUCCUGAUGACCGCCGAGGCGAUGGUGACGGACUUGCCGGAAGAGGAAGCACCGGCUCCGCCGAUGGGCGGAGGGGGCAUGGGUGGCGGAAUGGGAGGCAUGGGCGGUAUGCCCGGCAUGAUGUAAAGCCCUUUUCUUUAUCUUUUCGAAGCCCAGCUACCUUUGAAACAUGCUCUGCAACUAGUUCGGCGAGCGGGAGCAUGUAGUCAAUGUGUUGAAUGCGGGAAGUAGCAUUGGCACUUUUAGGUGAGCAGCUGUCCGGUGUGUCUGUUGGGGGCGGGUUUGGUUUUGAGGUCAAGCAUGAUUUUUGCCUGGCAUCUUUGAGAUGCGGUAGUCGCGAGGACGAAUGUGUGCCUGAAUGUGCAAGGCAAUCAACCGUGUCAAGAAAUAAGGUGCACGGCGAGGCGCUGCCAUGAGCGGAUGGCGGUGCUGCGAAGGGGGGUAGACAUGCAGUUGUGAAACCGCGAAGAGUCAUACGGUUUCAAAGGGGCGCUAUGUAAGACGGCACUCCUGCGAGUUUAUGCGACCGCUCACUCUCUUGCCCGUUUCUGCUGGUCUCUCUGGCACCCUCAUUAUGCAGAUUAGCUGACGUGAACUACUCGCAUUCUCAGGGAUCUGGCAAAACCGUUGACCGCCACCAAUCAGCGUUGUGCGAGAUCUUUGGCUAAUGAAAUGAAUGCCAUGGCCGUGGUAGAGAUGACGUGAAAUUGAUGGACAUGAAAGGC